GGGGCGUGAUGCGGGGCUCCAGCCACCCGGAGGAAUCGGGCAGACGGCCCCCCGGACCUCUGCCCGGCUCGUUCCCGCAAGCUGCAGGCUGCCAUAGGCUCCGAGGUUACGGACAGAUGUAGGGUAUGGAACCCGGGCGGGCACCCAAUCUUUUCUUUCCUCCCCUUCUGCAGCUGUGCCGCUGGCACCCACCACAGAGCCCUCCCGCCGCCCACCCCGCCUGGCAGGGCAGACCCCGGCAGAGUUGGUUCUGGUGGCACAGGAGAGCUGGAAGAGCCCGCACAUGCGCCGGCACCGCCAGCCAGCUCCUUCCCACUAAGGUCACCCACUGCCCCGCAGAAACCAGUGCUCCCGCAUGUUCAUAGCACAUCUUCAAAGCUAUAGCAUCACCCGUUCCCAAGGCCUCCUGGAGACAAGGGUGUCCAGCAGCAGAGGGUUAUCUUCAGAAUGCUCUGGGCAGAUUUCUGGCCACCCUUCUCCCCGGGAACCUUGUGCCUGGCUGGAUGCGUGCCUGUCCCACGAUAGGGCAGACCCACUGGGCCCUGGGAGCGGGUACCUGGCCCCUGCCUGCGUGGGCUCUGCCUGGGAACCAUCACCUCACGCUUGAAACUGGAUUACAACAUCAACGGUGUGCAUCGGUCAGCCUCAUUUUUGAACUUCCUCGCAGGAUGAGUUUCACAAGCGUACGUUAGUUUGUGUUUCAGCUGUUGCUGUAGAUACGGUAGCUUCUGUCUGUGCGUGUUUUCUUGUUUUUCUCAUCUUUCUACGGUCUUACAGACGUAAAAACUGAAGGAGCACAUAAGUUCAGGGUUUCCAAAGGAAACUGUGGUCUGAGACAUGCAAAGAAAUGUCAGUGGCAGAGAGUUAUACUUGUGGUUAGUAACUGUUUAUUUGUUUUGCUAAGUAGAAGCAGGUGUUACAGAAGAGUCAGGGUAUUUGGGGAAAGAGGCAGAAGGGUUGCAUUGCUCACACGGGUUGGGGGUUGAAAACCUUCUAGCCAGUAUUAACUGUAUUGUUUUUAAAGACAAGAAGCAGAAUGCAGUGGAGAGAGAGAAUGAUUUUGCUUUAGUCUUUCAACAUGAAGGUUAAAAUCUUUCAACUUUCUUGUUUCAUUUUCGUUUAAUGUGUUACAUCUUGAAGACCUUACUAUCAAGGAAUGCAUGAAGGUGAUAGCAGGACGGUGGCAGGAACCCAAAUGUGUUCACCAAAACCCCUACAAGCAUCCAAGGACAGCCGCAAGUGGUUAUUAAAUUGCCUUGAUGUGCUGCAGGACUAAAGCGUAUAAGCGGAGUGUAUAGUAUAUGCUGAAAAGCUCAUGUAUUUAAAGGGUUACUUUCUGUCAUUUACUAUGGACUAUUUUAAAAUUUACUGUCUGACAAGAAACUACCAGUGCACUAAAAAUUCUUCACUGAAAAGCUAAUGUUUGUAUCAUCUCUUGGCUGACACUGGUUGCUAACGUGGUGCUACAGUAUUUGGUCUCUGCUGAUGCCACGUGUAUCCAGGAACGUUUGUCUUCAUCACUCUUGGAACACUUCUUUUCUAAACAGGGUCUGGGGUGUGCUGUAUCCCACACAGCUGCAGGCGACUUGUGCGGUUUAAUUCUUUGUAUUUCAUAAGACUAAUAAUGAAAUUGCAGGAGUGAGCAUCCCUCUGUAGAAGUAAAAGGGUGUAUGCAGGUGGAAGGGGCAGCUAUGAAGGAACAGCUGGGUUUUGGGGUACUGGCACUAUGUGGGGAGAGGCAGUCUGUGAGCACGCGAUGCGUGCUGUCCCGAAAGGGAGUCUCCAAGUACCAGGAUCUGUCCAUAGCGUGGGUCGCAAGGAGAGGAGCGAAGUCCGGUUGCAUCUAAGAGUUUGCAUGAAGAUCAAGAGAAGAUGCCUUGAACUUUUAUCCAGGUUAUUUGCGUAGUUUCUCUUUUUUUUUUUUAAAUCAAGUUCACAGAUUUAAUUGGCACUUUGUGCAAGAGGUUUAAUUUCCUGUGUCAGGAUGUUAUUUUUAAUUACUGUGACCAGGAUUCGGUUAGGCUUCCGUUUUUCUUUACAUCACCCAGGUAGGAUGCUUCCUCCUCUGUGCUGGUAAAUUGACUCUCUUGUAACAGGGCCCCAAAUCAGGCUGACCAGGGAGAGUUCCCACUGGGCACAAUUUUCAGGAUUAAUUUUUGCUCUCUGCUUCACAAGUCUACUUGUGUGCUCCCUUCCUGCUCUUACACACUGUGAGCAAUCAAAUUAUCUAAAGUGUGUGAAUUAUCUGCUAUUAAAAGGACACACCAGAGUGCAUCUAUAUAUAUUUAAAAAAUUACUCUUUUGAAAUAGAAUCACUUAUACAUUUUGAUAUUUAUUGCUGUUGUUUCCUUGCUCAUUAAAAUUGAAUUUGAGAUAAAUAUAUAGUUUAUGCCCAGUUAUCACUUUACAAACUGUUAGCCGACCAGUUUGGUCCCCUCUGCUGUGCUGAAGAUGCUUUUUACCAAGGAGAAAUCCAACACAAAGGUCAGGCUGUGAGACCAGUGUCUAGUCCUUGAAGACAAACACCGAGGUUGAAAUUCUUGUCUCAUUCAAAGCUGUGCAAAAGAGAUUGAAUAAAAAUCUUUGAGAUGUGAAGAUACCAGUGUAGAUCUCUGAAGGGUAGGGGUUGUCUCAAUGAAAACAUUUUAUGAACUGAAGUUUGAACGUGGUUUUGUAUUUAAAUAUUUGGGUGACCUAUUUGCAUCAGGAUUUGCUCUAACUGCUGUUGAGGGAGCGGGUUUCCACCUUCUCUUUUCUGAGCGCUCUUGAUUGCAAUAUUGGAAGAAGCUGUGAAGGGCUCGGACUCCUUACCAGUGGAGGCAGGAGGAGAACAGCUAGCAAAAGGGAGAAGAAACACCUUUAUGCCUCCAGACUCCUUUCCAGGUACGGUUUAUUUAAUGUAUUUUAUUUCCAGCAGAGCACGGGGAAUUGUGUGAGUUCCCGAAAGAGGGAAAGUCUUGCAAGGCCGGCAAGGUUUCUGCGCAGGCGAGGGUGGACACGAGCGUCGCCGAAGCUGCGGUUCGGGGUUUUCGAGCUGCGACGGUGCGAGGGCAGGGACGAAACCCCUCGCUGGGUUACGUGCGGCUGAUGUUUGUUCGGAAAAGGGGCCGCGUUUCGCGAACGGCAAGCAAAUGACUGCGCGUCCUGUCGCGCAAGGGCUUGCUGGAGGUCGGGGAGCGGGUUCCUCCGGUGGUACCGAACAGAUGGGGGGGGGUGGGAUGUCUCCCCUCUCGUGCCCGCUCUCGCCCACGGGGGAUCGCCGGGGGGGGGGGGGGAUGGACCCUUUGCUGCGGGGCAGUGGGGUGACCGCCUCGGCUGGACUCCCCAGCCCGCGCUCCUCCCCUCGGCGUGGACGAGGACGGGGAGGAGCGGGGCUCCCGUGGUCACGCCGCGACGGGGAGGACUAAAACAUGGCAGGCAGCUCUGCGCCGAGAUGCUGUAGCAGCGCAAGGUGAAGGACAGACUGACAGCCACGGCAGUUAUUUCUCUGCCUGAAGCAAGGGAGGCCGACGCUUCGGUGAGCCGAAGAGCACGGUCUGCAGGGAAAGAGACGUUUGUCGGACGCGAACAUCCCCCGGCUGCGGUGAGGGGAGAGGAGCCGCUGCCACAGAUUGAGCACACUUCUGGAGCGAAAAAUACCGCUUUGGUUUGGUGUCUAAUUAGAUAUUUACCAGGAAGGAAGGAAAGUUAAAAAUAGGGUGACAGUGACUUCAAAGGGUGUUUCUGACUUCUAAGAAUAACACCUUUGCUGGCGCUGAUUUCAGGAAUAUCAGUUGGGUGCGAAAGACGGAGGAGACGUUGCAGCUCGGUCGGUAGCUAAGGGAGCAAACCUGGACCCCCCGACCCGGCCCCGCGGGAGCAGCUAAGGAGGGGACGUUUGCAUCGCUGCGAGGGCCCGUGGAGAACUCCGCUGCACCCGUGGGGACCCAGCGGAGGGGGUUUGGGGAAGAAGAAGCCGCCGGUACCCCGGCGCGGGUCGGAGGGGACGUGUGGCAUCAUGGGGACGCCCUCUCCGCGGGCGGUGCUGGUGCUCGCCGCGGCGCUGGCAGGGCUCUCGGCUCCCCGCGCGGCGUACGGGCAGCCCAACUUCAUUGUCAUCCUGGCAGAUGAUGUGGGCUGGGGGGAUCUGGGGGCCAACUGGGCAGAGACGAAGGAGACCCCGCAUUUGGAUGAGUUGGCUGCCGAAGGGACAAGGUUCGUGGAUUUCCACUCGGCCGCGUCCACUUGCUCCCCAUCCCGUGCCUCUCUGCUCACGGGGCGUCUCGGCGCACGCAAUGGCGUGACCCACAACUUCGCCGUCACGUCGGUCGGCGGCCUCCCCCUGAAUGAGACCACCCUGGCCGAGGUCCUGCGGGGGGCUGGGUACAGCACAGGGGCUAUAGGCAAGUGGCACCUGGGACACCACGGCCCCCAUCACCCCAGCUUCCGCGGUUUCGACUACUAUUUCGGGAUCCCCUACAGCCACGACAUGGGCUGCACGGACACCCCCGGCUACAACCUGCCACCCUGCCCGCCCUGCCCGCGGCGUGGCGUGGCUGCCAGGGUGGCGAGGAAGGACUGUUACACGGAGAUCGCCCUUCCUCUCUUGGAGAACGUCACCAUCAUCCAACAGCCCGUCAACCUCAGCAGCCUGGCAGCGCGCUACGUGGAAGAAGCAGCGCGGUUCAUCCAGCGGGCGAGCGACAGCGGACACCCCUUUUUCCUCUACCUGGCACUGGCCCAUAUGCACGUCCCGCUGGGGGUACCCCCGCUGCCGCCCCCCGCCUCGGGCAGGGGCAUCUACGGAGCAUCCCUGAGCGAGAUGGAUGCCUUGGUGGGACGGAUAAAGCAGGUCGCUGACAGCCACGGGAAAGGCGACACGCUCCUGUGGUUCGCAGGUGACAAUGGCCCCUGGGCACAGAAGUGCGAGCUGGCGGGACGCCUGGGGCCGUUCGUGGGGGCCUGGCAGAGGUGGCGAGGCGGGAGCUCGGCGAAGAAAACGACCUGGGAAGGAGGGCACCGGGUGCCGGCACUGGUGUACUGGCCCGGCCGCGUUCCUGCCAAGCGGACGAGCCACGCUCUGCUCAGCACCCUGGACAUCUUCCCUACGCUGGUGGCCCUGGCUGGGGCUGAGCUUCCCCCGAACAGGCGCUUCGACGGUUUGGACGUGUCCCCGGUUCUCUUCGGGUGGUCGGAUGUGGGGCACAAGGUUCUGCUGCACCCCAACAGUGGGGCAGCUGGGAAGGACGGUGAGAUAGAGACGCUACGGCUGGCUCAGUACAAGGCGUUUUACACCACAGGAGGGGCGAUGGCUUGCGAUGGGAGCAUCGGGCCAGCUGAGCAUCACCAGCCACCCCUCAUUUUCAACCUGGCUCGUGAUAUCCAGGAGCAGGAGCCUUUGGACGUGGCAUCCCGAGAGUAUCAGGCAGUGCUACCUGCAAUCAGCAGGGCUUACGCCCAAGCUCUGGAGGACAUCGCAACAGACAACGUCUCGGUUGCAGAUUAUUCCAAAGACCCGGCCGCGACCCCCUGCUGCAACGCGCGGCACGUGGCCUGCCGAUGCCAAGCGCCCGGCUCUCACGCGGCCGUGCUGGACCGUCGCACGGAAAGAAGAGCAACACGGCUUUGUCUUUAAGCAAAUAAUUGCUCAGGCUGCUCC